AUGGCUACUCAACCACCCCAACAAGACACCUCGAGCCAACGAAGAGAGGACUUCGAAAAAUUCAAGAAAUACACAGCCUACACCUUCCUCGUCGCCUCGCCAGUCCUCAUCGCCCUCCCACCCCGCAAAUUAGACCACCUCACCGUCCUCCUGGUCGGUGCUUUCGCUUUCUCCGCAAACCACGUCACCCGUGAACAAACCGGGCGCAGUAUCGUCGACCGCAUCGAAUCCCGCAUCGCGCGCCCACGCAUGAAAACUAGUGACUUGCCCUCUGAGCGCGCACAGGAGGUCCAGAUGCGGCUGCGCGCGGCGCGCGAAGCGCAAUUGCGUGAGGGCGGCAUGCCCGCCGAUGAGAUAGAAAAAUGGAAGGCGUUGCAGGCGAAGCAAGAUCAGAAUAUCGCGCAGCGGGUUUGGCUGGGUGGGGAGAAGGAGGGUUGGAUGGAAAGGAGAAUCCAGGAGGAGCAGAAGGCUCUUGAGGAAGGAAAGGGGUAUGGUGAUUUGAUUUCCGAGUAUGUUUGGGAUGUGUGGAGCUGGGGCAAGAAUGAGGAGGAGGAUGAUGAUUGA